UAUAAAUCGCAUUUUGUCUGAGAUUUACUGAUAUUCUGUCAGACGACUCAUUCCAACGAAGGCUUACAGUAAGAGAUCAGAAAGUAAAUUUACAAGACAACUGAGGAAGCUGAUCUGUGAUAUCUGCGAUAACUGCAGUUACCAACCGCGUGAUCUGAUCGAUUUUAUCUCGUGUAGGAUCAUAUAAGAGACACCUCAGAGCCUGCCUUAACACUACAAAGAGUUUACGCCUGGGGCUUCUGAAAAGCAUGUUUCGCUCAACGGUUAUGCUCUUCAUGUUUUGGUGCGCAUGCGCCAACGCUGUCGAGUUCGAAGACUGUGGUUCCGUGUACGACGCUUUGGCCAUCAACAUAGAUGGCUGCACUUCAGCACCUUGUAACAUUCUCAUAGGUUCCAGUACGACAGUCACGUCUCGUUUCGUAGCAGGUUUCGAAUCUGACGCCCUGUACCAAGACGUGUACCUGAGACUGAAUGGAAUUAAUAUCGACGUGGAUGCAACCCCCGCCCCCUGUUCUGCUGGAUCGGAAACAGUCUGCCCUGUGAAGGCGGGAGCCGUCAAUCAGUAUUCAGCCGUAGUGAAGUUCUCAGAGGACCUACCCCCGCUGGCAGGAAGUCUGUACUGGAAGCUCAAUAACAGUGACGGCAGCAAUGUGAUAUGCUACAAAAUAGCUGUUAGGAUAGUUUACGGGUCAAAGUUGGUGGACACCCUGCAGCAACCCUGAUGGCUCUCCUAUGCAUUUCAAUUAGUUGUGCCAUCGUCGCUGAAGCACAUCUGACUGAUCAGAGUUGUGGAAAAAGACUGUCGAGCCAGGCUGAGGACCACAACAACACAAGUCCACAUGAAUCUGUAGUGUCUGAGGAAAUUUACGUAGCACAUUCAUUGCCAGCAUUUUAUAUACUAGUUAACCCUCUUCAUACUACCCUCUGUUUAAAGAAACAUGCUUUCACGGUAACUUAGAAUUUCGACUGUAUAAUAAAAGACACAAAAUAUUUAACUUUAAUUCUUGACAGAUGA